AGAAUGAACAGAACAGUAAGGCACUAAGGAGUGGCAAGUGGAAGGAAACAUGAUAGCUUUAAAAAUACUAGUAUUUUUGUGGAUAUGUCACUGUGUUCUUCUCCAAGGUACUGAGCCCAAGGAGAACAGCAGUGUCUUUCUUCCUUCCUUGACAGUUUCCACAGGUAUAUCUCAACUGAUGAUUCUCACAAAAGAAUUCCAGAGUGAAAAAUCAGAUUUUCCCACUACCAUUUAUCCUACAGAAGAGAAAUCAGCAGCAUUAACAAUGGCAGCAUCAGGCGUCAUUAUCUUCAUUGUCAUUCUGGUGGUGAUUGUAAUAAUCCUCGUCAGCAUGGUCAGCAUAAAAUUCAAGUGCCGUCAUUGCAAAAAGGUAACAGAUAAACAGAAACCUCAACAUCCAAUAGUAUCAUACAGCUGCUCGGAUGCUGAUACUACAGCUGGCAAAAAGAAUGUCCUGUUGGUCUCCGUGAAGGACUUAAGUGCAACCAGUAGCAAAAGUCUUGUGAAGGUAAUUACUCAUGAAGAAUAGGGGGAACUAAACACCAGCAAUUUUACUUUUAUUGUACGUGUUCAUGCAGAGAGAACUCAGCAAAGCGUUAAUCCGUUACCAUUUGGAAUAUAACUAUAAGAAGCUGCUUUAUAAUCAGUGUUUUAUAUUUGAAAGCAAAAAGGUAGUUUGGAUCCUGGGGGGCACAAAUAUGGCUUAUAUCUGUAACUGUUUAAAGCAUAUGGGCCUUUCUGCAGGAUCAUAUGGGUGCCCUCUGCAGCUGCUUUGUGAUCUGGAAAAGAUGCAUAUGCUUUAAAAACUUGCUGCAGUCACACUCCUGCACUCUCUGAAGCACCUUUUCAUGUUUCUUUAUGGAGCAUAGCACAGGCCCCAUAAUCAGAUACGUGACCCAGCUAGCCUAGUAUUGUAUACUCAAGAGCUUUCAGGACCUUAGGCAGACUUUCCUAAUAGUUGCUAUCUGAAUCUAUAGGAGAUAGUACCUGGGACUCCUGUUGCAUCUUACUGUUGGGCUAUGAUCAUUUGCUGCUAUAACGUUGGUUGGGCAUGGAAACUGAGAGGGUUGGAUGCAGAAAAAAGCAGCAUAAUAGGGAUUGUGGAAGCAGAGGCUUCUGUUUCUUUCCCCCCAUAAACUUCCAGUCCCCUAAAAAGGCUCCCACCUAUUGAAGGUAGUAGGCUGUAAUGUAAGGGGCCAUGAAAGAGCAGGAGGAUGUUUCCUUCUGCUGUACCAUAUACAAUUUCUUCUUUAGAUUGAGCUGGCUAUUUGAAUUUAUCUUCCUUAAAACAUGUAGCAGGUGUUAAGAUGUAUUUCCAUUUAUCUCUGAGAUGAGAAUCUUACUGAGUACCAUUGGCUUAUUUUACAUUGCACUCACUGGCACAGACAUUUUUCUGUUUAUUUUCAAAGAAUAUCUCCAGAAGAUAGGGAUAGAGUUUGCACUGGUGUCAUUUUUUGAUGCCAGAGUAUCUUUUCUCUUAUAUUCCUGUGUCAGGAGCUUUGGCCUUGAAGCCUCAGUUGCAAAAAUGGAAUGAAAAUUCCUGUUAGAUUUUUGGUGCUAAUUGUUUGCCUUUACUGUGUUUUCUUUGGCUAUUUAUUGGUUUGAUAUUUAUGCAAAAUUUUGCAUCAUUAAAGUUCCUGCUUCAGUUUUGACAUAUAUUUCAUUUCCCUUCCUUUAAACUUCCUUUUGAAUUAAAGAAUCUGAAGUGUAACCAAUGUGCAACAGUGGAACUGAUGGAUUGUGCGCCAUCAAGUAAAUAUUAACACUUAGCAUCCACACAGAUAGAUUUUCUCCAUGACAACCUGUUCCCAAUCUGGUUCUUCA